GGCUCAUAAAUCAGCUGUCACUUUCGUGUUUUGUAAAUAAAAAAAGUGCAAAAUAGUGAAAAAUAGCUUUUUAGGACUUUAAAAGACGUAAAAUCCAGUCAAAAAUGGAUCGAUUAACCACAAUAAGUGCUAGUUUAUUCAUGGCAGCCAAUGUAUUUGCCAUCGUGAGCCUUGCAAUGCCGGAUUGGAUCGUCACGGAUGUUGGAGGAGAGACUCGUUUGGGGCUUAUGUGGACUUGCAUGACUCUGUACAAUCGUCCUCAGGUGUGCUUCACCCCAGAAUUGCAACCUGAAUGGCUUCUGGCGCUGAUUUGUAUCUUCGUGGGAUGCAUCUGCAUCACGACAACCAUUAUUCUCCUGGCCUCUAGCAACUGGGACAGGAAUGUCAUUCCCUAUGCCAGAUGGGUGGGAUUCACUGCCAUGGUGCUAUUCUGUCUGGCAGCUGUGAUCUUCCCUCUGGGCUUCCAUGUGGACGAAAUUGGAGGUCAACCCUAUCAACUGCCAAAUUCCCAUCAAGUGGGCAUUUCCUACAUCAUGUUCGUCCUGGCCGUUUGGAUCACCGUGAUCUCGGAGUUGUUUGCCGGGAAAGUCUGCCUGCCGCAUUUCUGAAGAAGGCUUUACUACCCGUGAAUCUCAUGCACAUCUUCCCAAAGAAGUAUUGACACAUCGCGCAUCCCAAUCUAAAGUGCAGCAAGUCGGUUCUUUUUUUCUCUUUCUUCUUCCAUUUCCAACUUGUUGCACUUUGAUCUUGAAUGCGCGAAUAGGCAAUAAGGAAAUUAUCAAAUAAAAAUAAUUUAGGGAUUGUUCCUAGUGUCCUAGCUCCUGUAGAGUAUUUCGUUAGGAUUAAGGGGAUAUUUUGUAAAAAGAAUCGUUGUAUUUUGGUGUUGAUAAACUCUAAUUAAAUUAUUGUACAGAA